AUGGAAGUGAACCAGAUUUCCAGUUAUUAUUUAACCAACUUUUGUCGGUGCCUACAACGUGCCGCGACCAUCCCCCACCAAAUGUUCCAACUAAAGCUUCGAUACGACACUCUGAAGAUUAAUUACGCGAUGAAGAAUCUAGGCGAGCGAGCUCUUUUGUACGUGGCAAAUCUAGCAGUCCCAUCGUUUCAGGUGGUAGUGCUGAAGAAGGUGAAAUUAGGAUGCAGUUUCUGCAGAUGGAAAGUCUUCCAAGUUAUUUCGAGGAUACGUGGAUUGAAAGAAUUCACAGUGGAUGUUAGCAAUGAGCAGGUGAUUGCAGUCGGAGCUUCCAAGUUGUAUCAGAAGGCAACCCUCAACGUUAAACAUACAAAAUGGAGAAUCAGGAAGAUCUCAUUUGUCUGGUAA